AUGGCGGCGUCGCAGUCUUCCUCCGCCGCGGGCAACACCAACAUCAUGCUAGCAAUCUUCGAGAAGAAAACAAACACCGUAGAUCUCUAUCGUCCACUUCGCAACUUCAUCGCCUUUCACUACUCCGAACGCGAGGCACAAAACCUCGAAGACGAUCUUCAAACCCUAAAACAACUCCGUUCCGACAUCGAACGUCACUCCGAUCCGUCUCUCCCCGCGCGCCGUGACCUUUUCGUAACCUAUUUCAAAGCUCUCUGUCAAGUCGAAACCCGGUUCCCGAUCUCACCGGAGCCUGAACACGUUAACGCGCUCACCUUCGUUUGGUUCGAUGCUUUCAAAUCGAAGCUUAAAGCCUCUCAGCAGAAUAUUCAUCUCGAGAAAGGCUCUGUGUUGUUCAAUUUGGGGGCGGUUUAUAGUCAGAUUGGUUUGUCCUUUGAUCGAAACACUGUUGAUGGACGGCGGCAGGCCUCUCAUGCCUUUAUGGGUGCUGCUGGCUCGUUUGCAUUCCUUAGAGAUAAUGCCUCUUUGAAAAUCUCGGUUGGAAGUUCCACCACGCUUGACUUGUCUGCCGAGUGCGCCGGAAUGUUGGAGAAGCUUAUGCUUGCUCAGGCUCAGGAGUGUGUCUUUGAAAACACCAUUGCAAAAGGAAGCACCCCUGGUGUUUGUGCGAAGAUCUCUAGGCAGGUUGGGCUAUAUUAUGAGGAAGCAUUGGCUGCACUGAAUGUUGCACCUUUAAAUCAGCAUUUUGAUAAGUCUUGGAUAGUUCAUGUACAGUUGAAAGCAGCUAUAUUCUAUGCAGAAGCUUGUUAUAGGUAUGGAUUAGAGCUGCAUGAGAAAGAGGAAAUAGCGGAGGAGAUAGCGCGGCUGAAGAGUGCUGUUAGUGUGCUUGCUGAAGCGAAGAAAAACUCCAGAGGUGCUGCAGCGCAGCUUCUUGAUGCAAUUACCAAGUUAGAGGCUAAUAUUAACAGAAACCUUGAAAGGGCUGUCAAGGAGAAUGAUAGGGUUUACUUGAUGAGAGUUCCUUCUCCUAGUUCACUGUCACCUCUUCCGGCAUUUGCUUUGGUGAAACCGAUGGUCAUGAGUGAGGUUCUGGAUGCGAGUAAAGAGAAAAUGUUUACAAGUCUUGUUCCUGACAAUAGUGCCAAGGCUCUCUCAAGGUACACUGAAAUGGUUGAUCACAUUAUAAGAACACAGGCUGAGAAGUUGCAGCAAGCUAGCGAGCUUACCCGAGUUAGGCUUAAGGAAAUGGAAUUGCCUGAUUCUAUUCUUGCUUUGGAAGGAAAUUUUACUCUACCAACAAAUCUCAAAGAUGUCGAGGCUGUGCAGAUCAGUGGGGGACCUGCUGGUUUGGAAGCAGAGUUGCAGCAGCUUAAAGACCUAAGGAGGGUGAAUCAAGAACUGCUGGUUCAAACUGAGGAGCUGUUGCAGAAGGAAGCAAGAGAAGAUUCUCAAUUUAGAAGUCAAUUUGGCACCAAAUGGACUAGGCCUCAGUCAAGCACUUUGACAAAGAACUUAUUAGAUAGACUGAAUAGGUUUGCAGGUAAUUUGAAGCAAGCUUCUGAGAGUGAUGCUAGGAUCGAGCGUUCAGUUAGAGAACACUCAGCACUCAUGGCAAUCCUUGAUGCCCGCCCCAUUGAAUCUGCACUUCCAAGCCUAGCAAGGCCAAUUAUGUCUUUUGAUCAAAAUGAAGAUGCUAUUGUAGGGUCUCUUAAACAAAGCUUGAGGCAACUAGAAACACUAGGAGCUCAAAGAGCUGGUCUUGAAGACAUGCUUAGAGAGAUGAAAAGAAAGGAUGAUAUAUUACCGAAGUUGAUGACAUCCACCGGUUCUUAUGAGGAUCUUUUUAAAACGGAGUUGGCAAAAUAUGACCAUAUUUGUGAAGAAAUAGGUCAAAAUAUUGAGGCACAAGAGCAACUGUUGCUGCAAAUCCAGGCUCAAAAUGAUGAAUUUUCAGUUCUUUUCAAUCUUGAAGAUUACAAAGCUUCACGUGAAAAAUCCUACAAGCAGAUUGAAGCUGCCAUAGCAAAGUUUCGAGAAAUAAAGGACAACAUCAAUGAAGGGUUAAAAUUCUAUGUUACCCUGCAGGAUGCAAUCACAAAUGUUAAGCAGCAGAGCAAUGACUUUGUAAUGACGAGGAACAUCCAGUGCAGGGAAAUGAUUGAAGAUGUUCAGCGACAAGUAGCUGGUCUGAGUUUCCAGGAUAAAAACUCAGGUGGAUUUAACAACUACCCUCCAGUGGGAAACCAAAAUCAAAGACCAAAUACACAAACAGAUCCUCGUCACCAAACACCGUAUUAUCAGCAAUCUGAGCAGCCACCAGUUCCUUCCUAUGGUCACCCCCCUCCUCCUUAUGCCUCAUCACAUCAUCAGUCUCCUCCUCCAUACCAAAUUCCACCAUCAUCAGCCUCACCAUACCCACCUCCUCAGGUUCAUCAGCAGCCACCACCAAACCAUGAUUAUGGCCAACCUGCAUAUCCCGGAUGGCGUGGUCAAUACUACAAUGCGCACACACACCCACAACAACAACAACCACAACAGCCUGGUUCUGGUCCUCGGCCUCCUUAUACCAUUCCAUCUCCAUAUCCUCCACCUCACCAAGGCGGCUAUUAUAAGCCGCAAUAG